AAUUAUCUUACUGAUUUUGCUGAUUUUAUCAUAUCGCAAACAAAAAAACUCUAGAAACCCCUCAACAGCAGAAAAUCAGGAUCAAAUUCAAAAGAAUGAUGUAAAUCAAAGUAUGGCAAUAGACACUCCGAACUUACACACAAAGACUGAUCUGAAUGAUCUAUAUACUCAAGUUGAUGUUAAAACGAAAGUGCCAAAAUCAGAGAGGAGUGUUGCAAAGAAUGAAACAGAUGAAGCUACAUGGGCACUUGGUGCUGCUCAAUAUCAUUCUAUUGCCGAUGUGGAUAAUUACAAUGUUGAGCAGAAAGUGGAUGAUUGCAAACCCCUGGAUGAAGCUAAUGAUCUAUAUACUCAAGUUGAUGAUAAAACAAAAGUGCCAAAACCAGAGAGAAGUGUUGCCAAGAAGGAAACAGAUGAAUCUAAAUGGACAAUUGAUGCUGCUGACACUACUCAAUAUCAUACAAUUGCUGAUGUAGAUGAUUACAGCCUUGAGCAGAAAGAGGAUGAUUGUGAAAUCCCUGAAGGAAUUGAACUGAUGAAAAAUGAGAUAUAUUCAGGCACCAAAAAUUGAGCAGAAGGAUGUAUACUCUCAACUUGAUAUUAAAACAAAAGGAAAUGUUACAGAUUUGGGUUAAAGAGACAGAUUGUGUUACAUAUGAUACCGCAUACUAUGAUAUCACAGAUGAUAAUCAGGACCAUUCUGAUUAUAUGGCAGAGAAGAAAGAGCA